AUGGAUAGACCUGCCCGGCAUUUCCCUCACGCGUCUCGCAGCGAGGCGACUAGAGCCGAACAAAAUUCGUCCCUCUGCAAGCGCAGUUCACCCAGUGUCGCUACAGAGGGUGGCACGCCUGUCCAAAUCCGUUUGGAAAGGAGAAAACAUCGUGUGUUCGAGUUUUUCGUCACGGAGCGUAACUACGUAAACGUCUUAGAAUAUCUCACCCAGACGGCAUUCUCAGUGAGUCGGGACUGCUCUCUGCGUCCAACCCAAUUUCUUCCAUUGUCUGCUUCCUGUUACUUCUUCCUCUACUCUCCAUGUUAUUCAGUCGUCCCUUCUCACGAGGUGGUUAAUGAAAACCAGGUCGGUGGUGCGAUUCUUCCGCGUGCCGAGGCUGAAAUCGUCUUUGGCAAGCUCGUUCCCGUAUAUAGUUUCCACAGACGUCUUCAGGAGUCAUUGGAAGUUCUGGAAGUCAAUUGGGACAAUGACUCUAGCCGACUCGGAGGACUUCUCCUUCCACACAUUGAGGAGAUGGAUAGAGUAUACUGUCAUUACACGCAGUUCUACAGUGCCCCUCAUCUUAAACAGCUCGGUGAUCAGUACCCUCGCUUCUUGGCCUUCAUGCGACAAGUUGAACGCCGUAAGGAGUCCGGACGUCAGAGUCUGUCAGACCUCCUUAUUCGACCCGUACAGCGGUUGCCAUCAAUGCUACUUCUAAUGCAAGGUAUUUGCCUUCUGUCGUUCUACUUUGUAGUUUUGGCUGAUAUUUCCCUUCUUCUCCAACACUUCCCCUUGCCAGGUGUAAUGAAAUUCACACCCGCUUCUCACCCGGAUCAUACGGACAUCAGGGGCUUUGUGGAGAAGUUGGAAGGUGUGCUAAGCAACAUCGAUGCCAGAUUAAAAAAGAACGAUGAACUUAUAUCCCUUCUCACAUUGUAUCAUAAAAUUAACGGCGCUCCGCCGGAGAUGCUCUCCUCUUCACGUAGCCUUAUCAGCAGUCUUAGUGUCUUCCAACUAAGUCUGAACGCCUCGGGACAACCCUGUUUAGAGCCAGUCACUCUGUUUCUCCUCACUGACUCUCUUGAGGUUGUUCGCCCCAAAAAGCGUCACACUGGGGAGCCAAUGGCUCAUGCCAUUCAGGCCGCUGUGGACGCCGUACAAGGUAGUGAAAACAUUUGGAAAAUACAGAGAACUUUAGCUUUUUGCCUUCCACUCAUUCUCAAACUCAUUCUCCUGGAAAUUUCAUACCUCACUGGUCGCAUCGUAUUUUCGUGGUCGAGUGAUCCACCGUACAUUUCUUUCGUCCCCUUUCGUGUAGGUGAGUCGCACGAGCCUGGUGGCCACGAAGACACCUCUAAUACACGAAUCACCCCGGAGGACUGCACUGGUGGUGGGGACCAUGUGAGUACCAGUGUUUCUCGAACCGGAUCGGGCGCCUCCAACUCUACCGCUGGUUUUGCUCGUGGUAAUGGCAAGAAGCGGUACCACUUCACUCAUCUAUUUAUGCUGAAAUUGCAGGACAUUAAGAGGGUUCUGAACUUGAGCACGCAGUCACCGGAACGCGCUGCCUUUUCGUUGAUUGUUCGCGGCUCCUCAGAGCUGCACGACCAGGUGUACACCUUCUGCCUGGCUGCUAGUUUUACCGCCACCGCUGCUGUCGCCUCAGGUCGUUGUCCGGAGGCACUGGAGUCUGUCGUAGCUACCGCCACG